CAGUCACCUGCCGCGCUCUCCGGCCGUGCCGGUGCGGCGGUGCCGGCGCGAUGGAGGGCGAGGCGGGCGAGGCGCUCAGCGGGGCGCAGCUCAUCGCACAGGCCCUCCGGCAGCAGAAUAUUGAAUACAUGUUUGGCAUUGUUGGUAUUCCUGUCACUGAAAUUGCAAUUGCAGCCCAGGCAGCUGGAAUAAAAUAUGUGGGAAUGAGAAAUGAACAAGCUGCCUGUUAUGCUGCAUCUGCUGUUGGAUAUUUGACUGGCAGACCAGGAGUAUGUCUUGUAGUGUCCGGUCCAGGUUUUUUACAUGCCCUCGGUGGGAUGGCAAAUGCAACCAUUAACUGCUGGCCUUUGAUUGUUAUCGGAGGUUCUUCUGACAGAAAUCAGGAAACCAUGGGAGCUUUCCAAGAAUUCCCACAGGUUGAAGCUGGUAGGCUGUACAACAAACUCUCUGUCCGCCCAAGCAGCCUGGAAGUUAUUCCUGCUGUUAUUGAAAAGGCUGUAAGAACCAGCAUGUAUGGUCGUCCAGGUUCCUGCUAUAUUGACAUACCCGGGGACUUUGUGAAUCUUCAGGUGAAUAAGAGCUCUGUCAAGUAUGUGGAAUGCUGCCUACCACCUCCCAUCAGCAUGGCUGAACACUCUGCUGUGUCCAAAGCAGCCUCUAUCCUUGCUCUUUCCAAGCAGCCUCUGCUAAUCAUUGGCAAAGGUGCUGCUUAUUCACAUGCUGAAAACAACAUCAGAAAGUUGGUGGACCUUUGUGGACUGCCUUUUUUGCCUACGCCAAUGGCAAAAGGAGUAGUUCCUGAUGACCAUCCAAAUUGUGUAGCUGCAGCAAGAUCCACGGCAUUACAACAUGCUGAUGUAAUCAUCUUGCUUGGUGCAAGGUUGAAUUGGAUUUUGCAUUUUGGUCUUCCACCAAGGUUUCGACAGGAUGUAAAGGUUAUCCAGAUCGAUAUUUGUGCAGAAGAGCUGGGGAAUAAUGUAAGGCCUGCUGCAAUUUUAUCAGGUGACAUAAACGCCGUGACUAAGCAGCUCUUAGAAGAAUUCAGCAAAAGAUCAUUCAAAUAUCCUUCUAAUUCAGAGUGGUGGAAGAGGCUAAGAGUGAAAAUGAAGAACAACGAGGAAAGAUCAAAGGAAUUAGCAUUACGGAAAUCCCUGCCUAUGAAUUAUUACACAGUCUUUCAUCACAUCAGAGAACUGAUACCCAAGGACUGCAUUUUAGUAAGUGAGGGAGCAAACACCAUGGACAUUGGACGGACUAUGCUUCCAAAUUGUUAUCCCCGUCAAAGGCUUGAUGCAGGUACUUUUGGAACAAUGGGAGUGGGGCUGGGCUUUGCUAUAGCAGCUGCAAUGGUAGCCAAAGACCGAGCACCUGGAAAGAGAGUCGUCUGCAUAGAAGGAGACAGUGCUUUCGGAUUUUCUGGCAUGGAGGUGGAGACUAUUUGCAGGUACAACUUGCCAAUCCUGAUUAUUGUAGUAAACAACAAUGGGAUUUACACUGGUUUGGAUGCAAAUUCCUGGAAGGAGAUGUUAAAGUUGGGCAAUCCUGCUACAUGUGUACCUCCUGUUUCUCUCCUGCCAAAUUCACACUAUGAGGAAAUUAUGUCUACCUUUGGAGGUAAAGGAUACUUUGUUAAAACACCAGAAGAACUGCAGAAUGCUCUGAAAGCAAGCUUGACUGACAAGGAAACACCUUCUCUUAUAAAUGUAAUGAUUGAUCCACAAUCCGAGAGAAAGAAACAGGAAUUUCCCUGGCUGACUCGUUCUAACCUGUAGUAGAAGAGGAAGAUGAUGGUGGUGCAAGGCAGUAUGUUAAACAAAACUGAAUUGGUUUCUGGAAGUGGAACUGAUACAACUGUAUUUUACAUAGGCAUUGGAACGAAGUGGGAUUUAGAACUGCUAUAAGAGGAAUCUUUAAACGCUAAAAUGAGCUAAUUGUGUAAUGAGAAAGACACAUAUGAAUGUAUAACAGGCCUUCUAGCAGAUUGUGCAGAAACACUGAUGAUAAAAUUACAGUUUUUCUUUUACUCAGAGUAAUUCCCAUCAUUUGUGAAUUAAAAUCUUGGAUGUUCUGGAUGAACAGAAUAAGCUGAGGGUUUUAUGCUGACACUGAAACAUGGAAGUCUUUGACAGUCUGCAACUAUAGUAGCUUCAUUUUUAACCAACCACCAACAUGAUACUUGUUAGAGACUUUGUCCUCUAAGGACCCAAAAAAAAGCAUCUUCUUAUGCAAAAGUCUUGUUUACUCUCAUUAUGUGUCAAAGCCCAUUGCAUUGAUAGUAUUAAAAAAAAAAAACCACACUACUACCACCAUCAAAACAACAACAACAAAACAAAAAAGCACCAAAAAAGUCCCCAAAACAAAAUUUUAAAAAAUUCUUCACCAGAGCAACAACAACAACAAAGUGUUAGACUGAACCAUAAUGUUCAUUUUGGCUGGCAUCACAAAGCAACCACCAGUGGUCGUGCUACAGCUGGCUAACUAUGCAAUAAAGGUUCUUCAUGUCAUUUUCUUACUGUAUAGAAACCCAGUGUCCAUCUUACACUGACUGUGCUGCAGAGGCAACAUUUGAAGCAGAUAACUGGCCUACCUGUGGCUCUGUCUACUGUGUUUUCAUCCGUUGUGGCAUCUGGCAAUCUGACUUGUACUUUAAAAGUGAAGUAGUUCUUUCUCCAUGCCUCUAUCAUGACCUACAGCAACUGAUAGUCAGGGUACUACUAAGCACUUAUAUUUACACCGUUCUUAAAUGCACUGGGAGGUUUUUCAUUGUUACAUAUGCAAAAGGGAAAAUUUUGUCUCUGAUUUGGGUUUUGAUUGCCUUGGUUUUCAGUUAUUCCAUUGACAGUAAGUGUUAGUUAACUAGUGGAAGGCACUUGGAUGACCCAAGGAAGAAGAGGACUGGGCUGGCAGGGGGUCACUGCCUCCAUAUAGGUUUGUUGCAAAGGCUUGGUUUGUUGGUUCUUGCACUUCAGUCUGGGUCUGGCACAAGGCCAUGGAUUACUGUUAGGCAGGAAUGUCUCUGCACACUGGUACAGGAAGCUAAUACCUGACAUGAGCAAGAGUACCACGGUCUGACCUGAGGUACCACUGCCUGUUACUUGUGUGGGAAUUGGGAAUAGCCACGUGGCACUAAGAAUGCUGGAGUCAAGAAAGGAAUAUCCUUAGGAAGGGCAAAGAAGUGCAAAAGGAUAAAAUCCCAGAAUGGAUAUAGCUCACAAAUGUAAGGCUGCUGAGAUGCAGAGUUGCUGUGUUCUCCGGGGUGCUCUGCAAGGAAUGUGGAACAGCGUUGGAUCUUGUCAUUAAUUUUGUUUCAUUCUUAUUUUUGUCUCUCAAAUUGAUUUUGAUAUGUUGCAGUGAUUAAACACAAUCUAUUAUGAUGGUGUAAGGUGUUUGUAAGAGUUAAUGCUGGAACUGAUCACAGGGGAGAUAAUUUGCAUUGGAUAAGCAAAUGCAUAAAUUCUUGUUUUAUACUUGAAAAUUAAUAAAAAGUGAUUUUCAUGCUGUUUC